AUGGCCAAGCUGAUCAUCUCCAUCCUAGGCCUACCCUGGUUGCUCAUAUUCAUGGCCAUCAUCAAACAUUCAUCCUCAGCUCGAACCCUAGGCAAUCCACCACCCCCAACCCACCAUAAACCUCACCCCACCACCACUUUCUUCAUGCAAAAUCUGCUCACCAAAACUAAGCCCUUGUGGAGGCCAGCCACCACUAAGGUCAAUCAUCAGCUGCCCUUCCCAAAACCAGUAGGCUUUUUUCCUCCUAAUGGAGGUAUCCCUCUACCAGAGCCUAGACCCAAUGCUCCAGCCACUGGUUUGCCUACUCAAACACUCGAUUUAUCGGGUAUUAGUUUAUCUUUCCCUGCUAUAGCUACUCUUCAGGAGUUGGAGUUUGGAACAGUGCUGAUAAUUGAUGAGGACUUGUUUGAAGGCACGGCAGUUACGCCGUCGUCAUUGCUUGGAAAAGCACAAGGGGUGUAUGUUGCAAGCUCAGAAGAUGGAAGCAGCCAUAUGAUGGCGAUGACAACGACUUUUGCUGAGGGUGCGUUUAAGGACAGCUUGAGAUUUUUUGGGGUGUUGAGGACUGAUGUUCCGGAGUCUCAUAUUGCCAUCAUUGGAGGUACUGGCAAGUAUGAUGGUGCCAAUGGCUAUACCACGGUUAAGGCUGUAACUGCAGGCCUCAAUGCUUCUGCAGAAGGAAGUGAAGGAGCAAGCAAACCCCUUUUAUUCAAUGUUUAUCUCAGUUGA